AUGGAAGUAGAACGGCACGUAACCACCACAACGUGGCACUGCCAUAGCGGUGGCAUCACCGGUGUUGCGGUCGGCGUCGGCGUUGGUGUUGGCGUUAACGUCAGCAGCGCCGCCAAUGUCGGCCUGGGCAGCAUUGGCAUCGGCAGCACGCUCUGCAGCAGCGGCGACAGCGGCAUUUCGUCGUCAACGCCAUCACUGGUCUCGCAACUUUCACCGCCGCCCACCAUAAUAUGCAGUUUGCCAACGUCGACGAUCUCCAAUAAUAUUGCGAUUAGCGCUAGUGUCGGCGCGGUAGCAGCUGGUCGCUGUAGUCCCAUCAUAACCGGCAAUUACUGCGCGCUCAGCAAUGGUCUAGCAGGUAUUUCGGUGUCCGGUCACACAACAACUACAUCGAUUUAUGGUGGCGGUGGCAGCGGCAACAACAGCAAUUGCAAUAUUAUAAACAAACCGAAAUCGUCUUUGAGUCCGCUACAACGCCUACCCAUCAGCGGUAAUCUUUCCACAUAUGGUAGUGGUAGCGGCGGCGGCGGCUUCGGCGGCGGUGGUGGUGGUGGCCAAUAG